GCGUAAAACCAGCAACACAAUAAAAUUCGCGUUGAUUAGAUAACAUCGAGAUACGAAAGCAUUCAUCGUCGUCGGUACGCGGUUUUGUUGAUUGUUUAUUUUCAACAUUGUUGCCCUUGAUAUCCGUUGCGUGGGGGUGAAUCGAAAACCUACUUCGGCUGAGCCAGUGCAGUAAAGAAUUUUGUGUUAUUCUUUCGUUCAUCUUUUGCGACGUAUAAAAAUGUCAGAAGAAUUGACCACCGGACCAAUGGAGUUGAAUGUAGGUUUCAUUGGAGGUGGCAAUAUGGCUUAUGCUCUCGCAUCUGGAUUUCUCAACAAAGGUGUCCUGGCAGCGGAAAGCAUUUGGGUUUCGGCUACAAACCUUGAAAAAUUGCGCAACCGUUGGAGCCCACUAGGGGUUACGAACAUUAGCACUGAUAACCGAGAAGUAGCUGCUAAAACAACCAUUGUUUUUAUUUGUGUCAAACCACAAAUUUUCCCCGAGAUAGUAGAGGAUAUUAAAUUUGCAUAUAACCGGGAUCCUUCGUUUAAAAAGUAUGUAUCCAUAAUGGCUGGCGUUACGCUUGAUCAUUUACAGAAAAGCCUACCAUUCUUAGAUGAGGAUUUCUUAUUGCGUGCAAUGCCCAACACCCCGAUCCAAGUUGGUGUUGGUUGCACAGUGUUUUGUCGUCCGCCCUCCAGUCCAAAGGAUGUUCUGUACAGAGAUGUUGAGUACCUGUUUGAAAGUAUUGGACUUGCUUAUGAAGUAAAGGAAAGUCAGAUGGAUGCCGUCACAGGGUUGGCCGGUUGUGGCCCCGCGUAUGUAUACGAAUUUAUUGAAGCGCUGGCCGAUGGAGGUGUAAAACAGGGUAUACCGCGCGACAUGGCCUUGAAGCUUGCUGCACAGACGGUGAUGGGUGCGGCAAAGACCGUACUGGACACGGGCAAACAUCCUGCAGUGCUGAAGGACGAAGUAUGUUCGCCCGGUGGAGCAACGAUACAUGGGGUGCAUGCACUCGAGCAAGGAUCGAUGCGCAGCACCGUUAUGAACGCAGUGGAGCGAGCAACGGAACGUGCCGCACAGCUUUCAUAAGUAUCAUCGAUAAGAUUUCUAACCGCCGUUCUAACCUAGCAUAAAACAAUGAUUUGUGCUUCUCAGUAGUUGGUGUUUAAUUUUUAUGUAACAAGUUAUACUGUUAACACAAAUCAAGCGAAUCAGUUCAAUUGUUUCAAUGAUCAAGAAAAUAAAAUGUGUUAUUUUCUUAUCGUC